AUGAAUUCUCAUUAUGACAUCAAUUUUCUAUUAUGUUUAGCUUUACAAAAAGUUGCUUUUCUACCAUUUGAUGAUAUUAUGGAUAAAUAUCGAUUUUUACUUUUUCGUGACCGAAUUGAUCGUAAACAUGAAUUAAAUUCUCAAUGGCGGGCACUACGUAUUAAGUCUGGCGAGAUAAUGGCAGCUGUACCUCGACGUGAUAAAAUAAAUUUUGAUGUCGAUGCAAAAUAUCAUAAAUCAUCAAAUGUUCCUUAUUUAAGAUAUUUUAUUGCUCAUAUUCAUCAAUUUCAAUUUCGUCAUGCUAUGUGUCAAUUAUAA